AUGGCAGAGGAGUUGCACUGUGAUUUGGAUGAGAGCUCACAUCAUGGCGGAUCAGAUGCGGGCUCAAAAAGCAGCGGAGAUGAUAGUCAUGAACAUGGGGACGGUGUAAAAGAAGCGAUCCAUGGGCACGCGUCAUCUGAGAAAAUGGAAGAUGUUUUGGACUUGGACUAUGAUGAGGGAUCAAAUCAAGCUCCCGAUAAAGGCGAUGAGAUGGAAGAAGGAGAAGAGCGCGAUGAUCACGAAAAAGAAGGACAACGUUCAAAUGCAACUGAAGAUGGAGAAGAAAGCUCGGACGGUGAAAUAGAUGACUCAAGUGAUGAGAAUGACAAGAACAAGAAAGAUAGCGACAAAGAGGAGGGGGAAAUCGAUGAUAGCGAUGAAGACGAUGGCGUGGCUGAUAUGCCCAAAUCACAUAAAUUACCUAUUGAGGUGAGAUUAUCUUAA